AUGUCGUGCCCCAGAACGCAACCCGAUUGGAACAAUCUCAGUGUCCUGCACAGAAACACACUGCCUUCAAGAGCGCACUUUUACACGUAUGGAUCCGAGGACAAGGCUUUGACCUUUGAUCGCGAGAAGAGCGAAUACAUCUCCCUCAACGGCACGUGGAAGUUUCGUCACGAUAGCUCGCCCUUGGAGGCUCCGGAAUGGAAUACGGUCAACCCUCUGACAUGGGAUGAUAUCAAGGUCCCCGGCAUGUGGCAAGUUCAGGGAUAUUCCCACCCAACUUAUACCAAUGUCAACUAUCCCUUCCAUGUCAACCCUCCCAAUGUUCCCCUCUUGAACGAAACGGGCUCCUACUGGCGCCAGUUCGUGACACCCGCUUCCUGGGAGGGCCAGCAGGUUCGCAUUCGUUUUGAGGGAGUGGACAGCGCGUUCCACUUGUGGGUGAAUGGCGAAGAGGUUGGCUACUCUCAGGGAUCGCGAAACCCCAGCGAAUUCGAUAUUACCUCCCUCCUUCAACCGACUGGCUCGGUCAACACUCUGGCAGUGCGCGUGUACGAGUUUUGUGAUGGUUCAUACAUUGAGCGGCAAGAUCAAUGGCUAUUGAGUGGAAUCUUCCGUGACGUGGGUCUGCUGGGCUUCCCCCAGAGUACCAUUGUGGAUUUCGAUGCCGUGCCGAUUUUGAGCGAGGACCUUUCCUCGGCCGAGCUGGUCACCAAGGUCAAGGUUCAGGGCGAGGCCGGCUCCGUGGACGUAAAACUCCUUCGCCCGGACGGUUCUGUUCUUGAGCAGUCCAGCUUCUCAUCUUCCGAAUCGAGCAAGAUCAAGGUGACUGGUGACGAUCUGCAAUUAUGGUCUGCCGAAAACCCAGUGCUGUACACUUUGCUGGUCACCUUCAACGGUCGCACGAUCCCGCAACGCGUGGGUUUCCGUCGCGUCGAGCGCAAGGGUCCCAACUUUUACGUUAAUGGGCGACCAAUUAUGCUGUACGGCAUGAACCGCCAUGAACACCAUCACCUGUACGGUCGUGCGGUGCCAUACGAGAGCAUGCGUGCGGAUCUCUUGCUGAUGAAGAAGUACAAUAUCAAUGCUUUGCGAUGCAGUCACCAGCCUAACGAUCCGAGACUCUACGAGGUCUGUGACGAGCUAGGUCUCUAUGUCAUCGCCGAGGCCGAUUUGGAGACACACGGCUUUGACCCUGUGGAGCGUUCCAACAUCCCAGACCAACACCUGAUGACGGAGUAUGAGGUGCAGGAAGCCUCUUACAAGAUUGCCACCAAGUGGACAUCGGACAACCCGGAGUGGAAGGACGCGUAUCUUGAUCGGGCUGAACAGCUUGUUCAGCGAUUCAAGAACUACUCUUGCAUCAUCUUCUGGUCCCUGGGUAAUGAGGCAUUCUACGGCCAAAACCAUGCAAGCAUGUACAAGUGGAUCAAAGAAGCCGAUCCUACACGUCUCGUUCACUAUGAAGGUGAUCGCGACGCCGUGUCUGCCGACAUGUAUUCUACCAUGUACUGGAGUCCCGAAGCCCUCAAGAAGCACGUGGCGGAGAAGCCCGACAAGGCGAUGAUUCAAUGCGAAUAUGCUCACGCGAUGGGUAACGGUCCGGGUGGCCUAAAGGAAUACAUUGACACUUACCGAAGCGAGCCGCUUCUGCAGGGUGGUUUCAUCUGGGAAUGGUGCAACCACGGCAUCCUGACUCGCGAGGGCAAUCAACCUUAUUACGCCUACGGCGGCGAUUUUGGCGAUAAGCCCAACGAUGCUGACUUCAUCCUCGAUGGGAUGGUGUACUCUGACCACACCCCCACUCCUGGAUUGAUCGAGUACAAGAAGGCCAUUGAGCCGGUCACCGUGGCCUUCAAGGACGGUCGUGUGGAGGUCACCAAUCACUACGAUUUCAGCACCCUCGAUCAUCUGUCUGUCUCAUGGCACAUUGUGAAAGAGGCUGGAAACACCGAACCCGUCGCCUGGGAGCUCCCUGAGAUCAAGCCGGGCGAGUCCAAAACGGUUGAUCUGCCUCAGGGAGUUGCCCCGAGCUCGGAAGCGAGCUGGUUUGCUGUCAACUUCUCGUUGAAGAAGGCCACAUCAUGGGCUCCCCAGGGCCACGAGAUUGCAUGGGCACAGAUUCCCCUGUUUGAUGAGAACAGCCUCGUCCUUCCUCAAAUCUCGGCUCCUCCUUCCAAGCUCUCUAUUACUGAGAUUCAGGGUAAGCUGCACAUCUACUCGGACAGCUUUGCCUCCAACUUCACCUAUGACCUUGUCCGAGGUGACUUGGCAUGGUCUACCGAUGCGGGCAAGGUCUUCCAUAGCGGACCCCAGCUUGGUAUCUACCGUGCCCUGACUCAGAACGACAUCGGGGCUGGCGGUCCUCUCGCCGAGUGGCAGCGUUUCCGUGUGGACAGCUUGUGUCGCAUGCUCGUGCAAAGCUCUACUUGGAAAAGCAACAACGACGGCAGCGUUUCCAUCACUACCAAGGUCCGCGUCGCACCCGUCGUCCUUGAGUGGGCCAUGGUUGCCGAUCUCACCUACACCAUCACUGGGUCCUCCGUCCAGCUUCACGUCAAGGGUGACUUCUCCGGUACCUUCCCUACCGUCGUUCCCCGUAUCGGUCUCACGAUCCGUCUGCCCCGUAGCUACGAGGGUGCAACCUGGUUCGGCCGCGGUCCCGGCGAGUCCUACCGCGACAAGAAAGCCGCUGCUCGCUUCGGAACCUUCACCUCGUCAAUCGACACUGGCCUCGAGACCCCCUACGAGUGGCCUCAAGAAAACGGCAAUCGAACCGAUACCCGCUGGGUCCGGGUUCAUGCGGCAUCAGCCGACCAAUCGUACGCUGCCUCUGCCAAGGCUCAAGCAGCUCUGCCUGAGAUUGAGACCCGAAUGGACUCGCCUUUCAAUUUCUCGCUGAGCCGGUACUCUACGGAGGAGCUGGACCGUGCCAAACAUCCUCAUGAGCUGAAUGCGCUGGAAAAUGAGACAGAGUUCACCGUUGAUUUUGCUCAUCAUGGUAUCGGUACCGGCAGCUGUGGCCCCGGUGCGUUCGAGGGUAACCGCUUGGAGGCGGGUCCAUUUGAGUUCACGACCUUGUUCCGUCUGCUGGAUGGCAAAAGCGAGUAA